AUGCACAACGGCGCCAUCCCCGACGAGCUCCUCCUCCUCGUCUUCGAGGCGAUCGCAACCCCUGCGCACACGGCCGACGAGUACGACGCCCGCCAGAAGACGCUCAGCGUCCUGUCGCGCGUCGCGCGGCGGUACUCGCGCCUCGCGCGCCCGCUCCUGUGGGAGGACCUGCGCAGCUCGCGCCGCGCGCACCUCGAGCGGCUCACGCGCGCCGAGGACCAGGACCGACAGGCGGUCGCGAGGGCGACCAGGCUGUUUCGUGUGUCGACGGCGGGCGCGAGGUCGGAUGAGGGCGAGCCGGUGUCGCCCAACGAGGGCGCAGAGGCGGCGAGGUGCUUUCCUGCCGUCGAGGAGAUCCGGAUCGAGUGCGUGCGGUCGGCGCUCGACUUGACGCUCUUGGGCGUCCACGUCGGCCUUCGCCGACUCGUCCUCACGAACGUCGACCUCGGCGAUUCGUCGCCCGUCCACCUCCCUCAGCUCGAGCAGCUCCGGCUCGAGCGCACCAUCAUCCCGUCCUCCCUCCUCACCGCCUGGCUCGACCCGUCGUACUUGCCGUCCGUCAAGGCGGUCCGUCUUGUCGCCCUCUACUCGGCCCUCCACGCCGGCGCACCCUCCCUCUCCUUCUCCCGCCCCUUCCUCGACCAGCUCGACAUCGUUCAGACACCGGGACUGUCCCUCGAGGUCCUGCAGGCGCACCACGACAGCGUCAACCCGCCGUUCCUCUUCGCGUCGAGCCUCGUGUCGCUCCUCCCGCGACACCUCAUCCUCGCCGCGCACCAGCUCGACGGCGCCGCGAGGGCGACGACGAUGCUCCGCAAGGUCGGCGCGCAACUCGAGCGUGCGGCCGGCGAGGAGGAGCGCGAUGAGGCGCAGCGGCACCCGCACGAGCGCGUGAUCCUCCUCCCGCGCUCGCUCGACGCGCUCGCGGCCGCCGACCGUCGUGUCGGCGAGGCAGUCGCCGUGUUCGUCGCGACGUGCAGCGUGCGACAGACGACGGUGCUGUGGCACGGCGAUGUCGACGGGCGGGAGAGCGAGCGCGACUUGGUCUGCGGCGAGUUUUGGCGGUGGGCGAGGGAGCUCAAGGAGAGACGGGCAGCGGACCUGUAG